UAGAUCAGUGGAGUCAUCCAGUGAAGAGACUAGUUUUCGUAACGGUCUCAUACAAGAUACAUCUUUCCCAUGAAUUUAAUCAGGGACAACCAAAACAGAAACAAUCUAACCAGGAAGAUCAGAUGAAACUAUAUGUUGAUUCCACUCAUGAUCAAACAACGAUAGAGAGUGAUUUUUCUGAGGAUGGGAGUGGUGAUUUGUUUCAUUCUGAAACAGCACAAGACGUGGAAAUUGACAAGAUUCUGCCAUCUUCCCCACAGGCAAACCCAUCAGCAACACAACAAAAAGAAAAGUCGCAUCAAGAAAAUGCUGUUUUAUUGGACAAAAGAGACAGGCUUAUGAAGCCAUUGAUGGAAAACAUCAAAAAUGCUUCAAAUGGGACUUCACCAAAGGAGGUAGCUCGCAGUAGGACUGAAGGCGAAAUUUAUUCGGAUGAAAGAACUUUGCAGAAAGGUGACAAACACAGUAACUCUAUGCCAAAUAUACAACCACCGACUGUUCACAAUGAGAACGGAAAACGUCAUGUCGUAAUAAAAUACAAGAGGCAGCCCUACCCUCCCGAAGGGAGACCACUAAGUGCAAGUAUGGGAGCCUUCCGGUUCCGUAAGAUACAGGGCGUGUACGGCCAACUGAAGAAAGCCCAAUCUUCCGAAGACCUACGAGUUGAUGAAGGAACUGUUACUAAAGGUAGUGGAGAUGGCACUAUCAAGCAAAAUGAUGACAUCAGCAGCAAUUACACUAAGGAAUGUUUCGACACUGAUAUCCGAAAUAAAACUAAUCAAAAGUCAAGUUCAAAUCCACUUGCGGUCAACAAACCCACUACAAGAGAAAUUGUUACAAUACCUAAAAAGAUCAUGACCAAAAGGAAACCUGCUGCGCCACCUUUACUCAGAUUUACCAGUUAUAAAGUAGACGAUGACAUGAAUACGCCAUCCCUCUUUGAGUCUAGAAAACGUUCUACUGGUGUUGAAGGAUUUACAAAAGACAUCAACGUGGUUGGUCGUACUACCGAACCAAUAGGACAGUCAUAUUUAGAACCUCAUGACUACAGACAUAAUCCUGUAGAUUUAAGAGCCAAUACGGUCAGUUUGUCUCCGGGAGAACUAGCAUUUGCACAAAAGAUCUCUCCGGGGGAAAGAAAAAAUAUGCCGUCAUCCGAAAUGGAAAAGGUGGAAUACCCUGUUAUCGUCUCUUGUAACUCCAAACAACAGCUUCCUGAAUCGAAUAUUCCGAGAGUAGACUCUCAUUCACGAGAUAAAACAGUCAAAAAUUCAUAUUCUAAUACAGAAAUUGAACCAGGCUUGGUAUAUUCUGAAAAUCAACGAGAACCUGUACUUCACGGCAGUUUAAGUGGGUCUGCUGCCUCGGGAAGUUUUCUAAAAAAUGCGAUGAUUGAACGGAGAGUAGUAUUACCAUCUCGUUACAGCGUAAGAAGUCAAAAGGCUGACCCGUCUAGUCCAACUAAACCAGUACAAUAUGGAUCAACGUCUGAUCCAAGACCUCGGCAGCAGCUGGAAAACAAACUUCCUUUAAACAAAGACAUGUCCAGUCCAAUGUUGCUAUUUUCAAAAAGAACCUAUUCUCCGCGCGUUCAUCCAGCUUCAAAAAGGAUGAUGAUCAAACGUGAUACUCUACCUUCCUCUAGCUUAACGGAAAGAACUGUCGUUACAACUAGUGAACGACCUGAUGAUAAUAAUCAGGGAGCACAUACAAGGAGUGAUUAUACAAGACAGCAAAGCUACCCACCCAUUAGUAGCAGUGCUUCUGCAUCAAUAGCUGUCGACUGUGAGCACGAUUAUCUUAUGUUAAAUAAUCGGGAAACCGAAAACGAAUCUUCUAAUGUACGUAGAACACUGGAAACAUCAGAUGGUAGAGAAAUUGUUGAAGAGUGUGAACACAAUUUUUCUCCGUCACAAAACAUUGGAGACCAAAAUAUCUCUUCUAAUAAUAUGAGUGGCUCUAAAACUUCAAGCAUGUUUUUGGACACUGCCAUAAGUGAACGUAGGUCAAUCUUUCCGUCUCGACUGAGAAGCAAAGCACAGAAUUCGACCGCAGGGAUCGGCCCUCCUGUACUUGCCUCCCAGGGAAACACAACUGGUCUCCGCUAUGCGCCAUAUGGAGAUGAGAGUGCAAUACUCACAGAGAACACUGGUAUCAAAACCGACAAUCCUAGAAUAAAUACAGGCACUAAAACCAUGGAAGUAAAUAUGACCACAGACAGUACACAAGUAAAAAUGGUCCGCGAUAGUGCAGUGCGACAUGACGACAGUCACUUCCAGCAAACCAGUAGUGAUGUGAAUUCAGUCACCUCAGGGACUGUACACAAAGGUGAACCUGAUAAUCUAACGAGAGAAAAUAUUCAACCCACUGCUAACAAACAUGUUCACCGUCCUAUUCGUGCGAAAAAUGUCGUGUCUUCCAGGCCUGCUAACCAAAUUCAAUAUGGGUCAUCGUCCGAUCCUAGACGACGCCAACAGUUGGAAAAAGCACGUCCUGGAAAUACCUAUAGUGAAAGUAAGACGAAACCAUUUUCAAAAAGUACCGAUUAUCCUCGCGUGCGUCUAGCGUCGAAAAGAAAGAUGAUUGGACGCAGAACGCUCUCUACCUCUAAAGUAACAAGGGGAACUGGGGGUGAAGAAAUUGCAUCUGAUGAAAUAUCAGGUAAUGAUUUGGGAGUACACUCACAGACCCAACAAUCUGAUGAAGUAUCAGGUAAUGAUUUGAGAGUACACUCACAGACCCAACUAUCUGAUGAAAUAUCGGGUAAUGAUUUGAGAGUACACUCACAGACCAAACAAUCAGGACAAACAGGCUAUCCACUCAUUAAUAAUACAUCACCCACUGCAACAUCGGACAAUGGUGAAAAUGAAUUUCUUAUGCCAAAUGACCAGGAUGUUGGUACUGAAUAUUCUGACAACGAAAUGAUAUCUGAAGUACACGAUGCUUUUGAAAUAAUGGAAAACAACGAUCAAGUUUUGUCUCAGCUAAAUAAUGUCGAAGACGAAAGUGUGACAACUAACAAUAUGAGUGGAUCUAAAACAUCGAGCACGUUUUUAAAUACAGCCAUAAGUGAACGUAGGUCAAUCUUUCCGUCUCGGCUAAGGAGCAAAGCCCAGAUAUCAACAGCAGGGAUUGGUCCUCCUGUACUUGCCUCCCAGGGAAUCACAACUGGUCUCCGCUUUGAACAAAUAAUCUCCGAGUCGAAUACGCCAUAUGAACUAGUAUCUGAAUCAGCUAUGGAGGAUGGGAAUCCCAUGCCUGCGGAAAGCUCUGGUAUGGAAGUGGACGAUGCUUUGGAAAAUACUGACUUGGAAGGGUUUGAAGUAAACACGGCCACAGAGAACACCAAGGUAAUGAUAAAUGAUGGUAACGAAUUUCAUCGUGAUGGCACCACUCCCCAGCAAAUCAAGUGUGUUGCGAAUUCGGCGACUUUACAAACUUCACACCACGAGGAAGCAAAUUCACCUCGAGAGGGAAACGUUAGCCUCGACGAAAGCAAAGGUAUUCAGUUACCUGUGCCAAAGCCCAUAGAAAAACUUGUUCCGAGCCAAUUUCCUGUAAACAAGCACAAACUCCCCACCGUCAGCAGCCCACAGAGGGAGACUAUAGCCACACCAGUAAAAGCGCUCCCUCCAUCCAGAAUACGAACAUCCACUUCAAGUGUAGCAGAUGAUUCUGUGGACGGAAGGCAGACAGUUAAACCGAUUAUCCGAAAGCCUCCGAUGGAGUCUAUCCCAUCAGUUCCAAAGAAGAUAAAGAACUUCCGAUUCCGACAGAAAAUGGUGUUGACAGGAAGACUUCAUCACAAGAGCGAGGAGAACUUGAAAUUCUUUAAACAAAUUACAAAAACAACUAACGAUUUUUAUAAGGAGCACGCUAGGAAUACAUAAUAAAGCAGGUUUACAUUAAUAUUCUGUAUUGCUGUCUUUGGCAAUAGUUGUUUUGUCACUUUUUUCUCUGACUGAAAUAUUUAGAUUUUACCUGUGAAUCUUUUGUGAUGUUUCAAAGAACGAUCAACUGUAUGAUUUACAUGACACCAAUUUAAACUUAUAAUGGUAAAGUAAGCGGAAGGGAUCAAAGCUUCCAGUGUUUCCGUAGCUCCGUUUUCACAGAUGGCUACAAUCAAGUUCCCAGACAGAAGUACUUUACAAAAAGCAUGAUCCCUAAUUAAAAAGAAACCUCGCUCAGCUUAAAUGAAUAAAGUUUCAAGUUACUAAGUAUCUAGAGUACAGGACAUAUCGUGCCUCCUCAUCGGACUUGUAGUUAGAUAUGGUCCCUAAUUUUAUUUCAGUCACAAUAUUUACAAUACACGCACCUGGGUGGUAACUUUAUAGUUGAUAAAAGGUUAAUCGUCAUUUAGAAGCUUUUUGUUUGUUUUUUAUCCAGUACAGUUAAAUACAGUUAUACAGUUAAAAUCCUUCUAGGGUCGUCUUCUAUGUGUCGCCAACAUACAUUUCUUGAUAUAAAAAAGUGUGUUGUUGAACAAAAAAAAACUUGUUUGUCAUAAAGUGCUGUAAAUGCUGUAGAUUAAGUUGAUUUUAUAUUCACAACAUAUCACUGGAGUUGGUCACAAUAUAUUCCACCACAGGUAACUAUCACUGCCGUGUAUGUGUGAUUUGGUGGGGCCGUCGGUUAGAGUGCCAGUCGAGAAGAUCCGGAGAUGCGUGGUUCGACGCUCCUUUUCCGUGUCAAUUUGUGUUUAUUGGGAAACUGAGAAACGGGCUGGUCUAAUGCUGUCGUCGGUUGUGUCCCAAACACUUUACCCUUACUUGCGGUGGAUGACAUGCAAUGGGCCUCCCGUAUGUUGUUCAGUGGUGUAGUCACCAACUACUACAAGGGAGACCCUGUUUCAAAAUGGCCCUGGCUGUUCACGGGCUAAUAAGCAGUAGUUCAGUCAAUUUACCGAAAAAAAAACGCCCAUAACGGGACAUCAUUGCAGCAGAAUUUAGGUUUUGCUUUCUGGAAUCGCAAAAGGUGAAAUGAUAACAAGGAAAAGUCUAUCAAAAUCGACCUUUGGGGAAAUAUCUUUAAGCCUUUUAGGAGAUUAAGAAAAUAGGAGAAAAUAACUUGUUUAACCGUCUUUGAAGUAUAAUAUCUACCUCUUGUGACAUGAUGGAUAUGAUGAAAAUUUAGCAGUAUAGUAAAACCAACUAAAAUACAGCACACAGAUUUGCCAACAAAUUUCAACUGGGGCAUGGAAUUGAAAAAAAAAGAACUAUCAAUAUGGCUUAGAAAAUAGAUUUUAUUUUCUAAAUUGGUGUUAUUUUUUGUCAACAUUGAAUGAUAUACAUAUUUUUGCAGCAUGUAAUUUAAGAAACGGAAAUCAAAUGCUCAAGGCUUUUUAUAUUUAAAAUACUAAUGAAGGUAAGAUCAGUUUACAUAUGUGUUGCAGAUCUAAAAGUGAAAACGUCAUUAUAUGCAAUUUUGGCUGAAGA